AUGACCGACUAUCAUCAAAACCCUUUUGCUUCCUCUCAUUCUCUCGACACUAACCCAUUUGACGACCCCGUUCCAAAUCAAGAACAGACACGGUUGGAAGAAAUUCGACGACGAGAAGCAGACCUCGAGCGCAGAGAGUCUGAUUUGAACAAAAAGGCUGAUCACAUUCGUCAGCACGGAAGAAACAAUUUUCCACCAUUCUUCCCCUUGAUUUUCCAUUCUAUUCAAGAUGAAAUACCCGAGGCCUCGCGGCCGUUGAUUACAAGGCUGUAUCAACUAUGGCUCGUUCUUGUGGCAACCUUAAUCAUCAACAUGGUUGCAUGUAUUUUCGUCCUGACAUCAGGUUCCUCAGGUGGUGGUAGUGAUCUGGGUGCAAGUUUGGGCUAUGUGUUUACCAUUACCAUUGCAUCGUUUCUUCUCUGGUACCGGCCUAUAUAUAACGGCUACAUGAAGGAGCAAGCAUUAUACUACUACUUUUACUUCUUCUUUGGCGGAUUUCAUCUUCUUUUCAGUCUCUACAUGAUCAUCGGCAUUCCAGGCACCGGUUCAGCUGGUCUAAUCCAGACCAUUCGGAUGUUCUCAAAUCACCUUUGGGUAGCCGCUAUUCUCGGCACAAUAGCUACUGUCGGCUGGUUCAUUCAAGGACUUGGAAACGCGUAUUAUUAUCGCGAAAUUUAUAUGCACCACACCGCCGCGGGUCAUACUAUGCAGAAGGCCAAAACGGAGCUUGCUAGCCACGGGGCCAAAGCAUACUUCACGCGGGGUUGA